ACAUAACAACCCUAAUUUUGAUUCAGCAAAUCACACUACUCUACACUCUCCACCACCGACAACUAUGGCCGCCGUCUCCUCUUUCCAUCCUCUCCACGGCCACCGCCACUGCCUUCUCUCCUCCUCCUCCUCCUCCCGCUUCUAUCUUCGGCUCAGAGCCCACCGCAUCACCUCAACGCGGAGGUCGCCUCCCUCUACCGCGGUCCCCAUCGUGGCCUCCUCUUCUUCCUCCCGCCCCCUCCGCGCGGCCGUAAUUGGAGGUGGUCCCGCCGGUGCCUCUGCCUCCGAGGCACUCGCCCUUGGCGGCGUCGAGACCUUCCUCAUCGAGCGAUCCCCUUCCGGCUCCAAGCCUUGCGGUGGAGCCAUACCCCUCUGCAUGCUCUCCGAGUUCGACCUCCCGGCCCACCUCGUCGACCGCUGCGUUACCCGCAUGCGCGUCCUCUCCCCCUCCAAUCGCAUCGCGGACUUCGGCCGAUCCCUUCAACCCAACGAGUUCAUACCCAUGCUCCGACGCGAGGUCCUCGACUCAUUCCUCCGCAACCGAGCGGUUAGCGCCGGCGCUCACCUCCUCCCUGGCCUUUGCACCUCUCUCCAACUUCCCGCGUCCGAGUCUGAUCCCUACAUCGUCCACUACACCGCUUCCCCGCCCUCCCCUGGCUCCCUCGCCGGCAUCCCCUCCACCCUCGCCGUUGACGUCGUCGUCGGAGCUGACGGUGCCAACAGCCGGGUCGCCCGCGCCGUCUGCGCCGGCGGCUACGCCACCGCCAUUGCCUUCCAGGAGCGCAUUCGCCUCCCCCCCGCGGCCAUGUCCCACUACGCAGACCUCGCAGAGAUGUACGUCGGGACCGACGUCUCGCCUGACUUCUACGCCUGGGUCUUCCCCAAGUGCGACCACGUGGCCGUCGGCACUGGGACGUCCAUCGCCAAGCACGACAUCAAGCGACUGCAGGGUGGCAUCCGCGCCAGGGCUGGGCCCAAAAUCGUCGGCGGGGAGGUGAUCCGUGUGGAGGCGCACCCAAUUCCCGAGCACCCGCGGCCGCGUCGAGUGGUAGGGCGGGUAGCACUGGUGGGAGACGCAGCUGGGUACGUCACCCGUUGCUCCGGCGAAGGAAUCUACUUCGCCGCCAAGUCGGGGCGAAUGUGCGGGGAGGCUAUAGUGAGGUCAUGGAAGGAGCGUGGCAUGGUCACUGAGACCGACCUCAAGAAUGAGUACCUGGGGAAAUGGGACGAUGAAUACUUGGGAAUGUUUCGCUUCCUGGACCUACUGCAAAGGGUCUUUUACGGGAGCAAUGCCGGUCGAGAGGCGCUGGUGGAAUUGUGCGCCGACGAGUACGUCCAAAGGAUGACGUUUGAGAGUUACCUCCACAAGAGGAUGGCGACGGGGGACUGGUGGAAAAACUUGGGUUUGGCGUGGAGGACCGUUAGCAGUCUAAUGAGGGCGAGUAUUGUGGGGUGGGAGAUUGAGAGACUGAGGAUGACUGCUGUGGACUCUUGAAACAACCAUCUUCUUUCUCGGUUAUCUUAACGCCCUGAGGCUGAGAUCUUUCUACCAACUAGUUAUUGUGAUGAAUCCUAGUAGCUUGCAUGCCAUUUGAAUCUCUUGGCACUACUGCAUGAGCGGAUGCAUGUUGAACAUUUUAUCCCCACGAAUAAAAAUGUUUUAAGUUUCA